AUGUUGAAUAGCACUACAAUUCCGCCUGAACAAGCGAGACAAAACAAGAUAUCCAAGGCCCGGGAAUGGCGGAUUCCCAUUGUUAAUCACCUCUGGCUUGAGGAUUGCUUCAGGGAGUGGAAAAAACUUCCAACGAGUGACCAGAAAUACUUAAAUUUCCCUCAAGGCCACGACUGGAUGCAGGACAUCAACACUAAGGGUGUGGGCAAUGGCAAUCUACCUCCAGUCCCCGCCCCUCAAAACAAGAAGUCCGAAGUAGCCCAGGAUCCGCAUUCUGCUCGUGCUCCUAACACUAUGGUCGACGAUGCUUCCAGGCCAAUCUCUCCUUCGAAACCUAUGCCUACGUCAAAACCAGCAUCUCCACGACGGAGUUCUGACGCAGGUCAGCGAGCUCGUAAUGGCGUUUCUUCUAACGGCAAGACACCGCAGCACACCUCUCCCUCCAAGUCCACCAAACCCAAUUCUGUGAAGCGGAAGAACGAUAUUAGUACCUCCCAGUCAGCAAAACGCCCCAAAAUGGCCCGAGCCGCGAACGACGAGGACACGCCAAUCUCUCCAUCCAAGUCAACAGGGAAGCAAUUGUCCGAUAGUACUUCGGCAGCCUCUUCCUCUUCUUUCAUAAAGCCCUUGUCAGAGGUGCAACCGAGAAGUGUCAUCAAACUGUUAAGUCCCGAUAAGGGCAAACACAAAUCUCGCAAAUCCUCAUCAGAUGAUGAGAGAACUGACCACCACAGCGAUUCAUCCUCGUCAUCCGAGCGCUCGAUUCGUCGAAAGCCGUCACCUCCGAGCAUGUCAGCCGGAGGUCGUACUCCACGUGCGGCUGCAACAGCUGCCCAGAAUAAGCUACGAAACGAGAUCAUGCCCGACGUCCAGAAGUUCCAGAACGAGAUGAGCUCCAGUAAAGGGGACGUGCGUAAGAUGCAACAACUAGCCGAAAAGAAACAGCGUCGUACGAGUAUAGUCAACCACGACGACGACGCCCCGCCCCCCAAGAAGAAGAAACAUGGGGGCGACGACGACGGAAGACCCAAGAAAUCACAGGUCACGAAGUCUUCGCAAGGGCAGAAUGAAGCGAAGAAAGAGUCUGAAAAGAAACCAAUAAUGAAAUCUCCUGUCCGCAUUGUAUGCUCCAAAUCGAAACCAACCGAGAGCGAAAUCAAGCAAAUGGAACGGCUGGGAGCAAGUUUCACCGAGGACGACCCAUCUCAGUGUACUCACCUUGUAGUCAACUCGAUCAGUCGUACAGAAAAAUUCCUUUGCGCAUUCCCAGUAUGCAAAUAUAUCGUAACUAUGCGUUGGCUACAAGAUUCAAUCAAAGAAGGCAAAUUGCAAGACGAGGCCGAAUACAAACUGUCUGAUCCAGACAACGAGAAGAGAUAUUCGAUGAGUUUGAGCAAAUCGUUGAAGUUGAUCAAGGAAAACAAAGGGAAAUUGCUAGAAGGGCACACAUUUUAUGUAACUGACAAUGUCGGGGCCGAACUCAAGAGCAUACAAAGAGUCAUUGAAUCCUCGGGCGGUGUGGUAAAGCUGGAGCCGAAACCGACAAAGAAGAAGAUAGGAAAUGAUAUGAAGCACAACCACGUCAUAUCCAGUCAGGAUGCCAAGGCCAGCUGGCAAACGCUGAUCAAAGAGGACGUCCCUAUAUAUAGUAAAGAAUUUGUGCUCAACGGCAUAUUGCGUCAGAGGCUUGACUGGUCGGCCGACCGGAUUCACUAG